UUGAUCAAAUCCAUAGCCUAUUCUGCAUUAAGGAUUCAAACAUUGAAAAUUUCUCAGUAACCAAAUGGUCCAUAUAGUAGCAUACCAUGAGACUUUCUACAACCGAGAUACCAUAUCUCCUUUUCCCUCAAGCACAUGUUGAAGAAAAUGGCAUUUCUCUUCUUCUGGUCAGAACCAGAUUUAUAUAUUCAACAAGGUUUUGUAUCAAUGCCACAAAAUCCUACAAUUCAUCAAUAUGGCUAUGGACCUAUGCUGCUUGAUCAAGCAUCUUCUUCUGUGUCUCCAAGUUACUCUAAUCAUGUUCAAGAACCCGACCCGGUGGCGAUGACAGAAAAUUCCUUAGGCUUCACUACUCCAAUGUCUCCUGCGUUACAUGAUGUGGAAUAUUGGAUAAGUGAAUUCAACCUAGAGCCGAAUACAUGCGAUAUACAAGGGCAGAGGGACAUCUUGCAUCAAACUACAACUCUAUCUUCCAAUAUUCAAUGUUCCCAGGAUCUUGAGAUUGAACGCCUUUUAGGGCAUGUAAGAGCUUAUGAAAUGCAGAAGAACCUAACGGCCUCUGCUUCAAUGAAUGGAGUUACCCAAUGCAACAAAGGAAAAAAUCUUGAAUCUUCAUCAACUAGCUUUCCAAGUUUACAAGAAUUCAACUCAACAAUUUUAGGAUUCUCAAGUCCCACAACAAUAGAAGAUGGACUAAGCUCACAUGUUUUAAUCUCCACAAAUGCUAAGACUUCACUCCUUACAAGGGAGCAACCUUCAGCGAAUAUACUCAAAAUAUUAAAUACAAAUGAUAAGGAAGCAUUUUUCAUUCCUUCAAAAGGCAAAAGGGGAAGACCUCGCAAACCACUAAGUGAAGAACUUAUAAAGCAAUUGGAAAAGUUUCAACCGCUACCUCUAGGUCGUCCUCCAAAACGACGUGAAGGAGGAGAGUCCUUUUCUAAUCUUGGAAAGUUUCAAAAGAGAUAUUCAGGAGCAAGAACAAUUGGAAUGACCGCCAAACCCAAAGUAGGGCACAAGACCCCUGAAAAUGUACAGAAUGAAUACCAGAGUCCUAAACUUACGAACCCAUAUUCUGCUCCAAGGCAAUAUCUAAAUUCUGCCUAUGACCCAAAAUAUCAUAAGGAUGGUGAUUUCGUUGACCCUCAUCUUAAAUUAUUUAAUACAAUUAUAGGAAAAUAAUGCAGCCUACUCAUGGAAGCAUUGGUUAAUCGAAGUGUAUCAAUUUAAAUAUUUUUUUCACUAUACAGACAAUUCUAGAGAAAUGUUACUAACUAAGUUAUUUAUAAUUUUAAACCUUUUGAACAUGUAUUAUAUG